AUGUCUUUCUAUUCUGAUCUCAUCCGCCCUUCUGACAGUUACAACUCACUACACGUUCCGACCGUGAGGGUAAUGAUGCAGCGAAUAAGAACAGGCCGCAUUUUCGCUCUGUCCUUCUUGCGGCCUGGAAGAACUGGUCGUUCUUCGUUCAGUGUCAGCCCCCACCGACUUCAGUUGCCUGUGUUCGUUGCCGCAAAGACGAUGUCUACCCAGAUUCAUACCUUUCCAAACGAUGGUUUCGAAAGACUCCCAGUCCACAUUCAAGUAGAAGAAGAAACGGUGCCAGACUACAAGCCCGAGAGGUUCUAUCCCGUCCGAAUUGGCGAGGUGUUCUGCUCCCGGUAUCAGGUCGUCGCGAAGCUGGGGUUUGGCACCACUUCGACUGUCUGGCUGUGCCGAGACGUCAGGGAGAACACUUUUCACUCACUAAAGGUAUGUAUCACGGGGGAAGACUCCUCCAACGAGGCGGCCGUCUCCCAACGCAUCCAAUCCAUCGACGCCGAGCACCCCGGCAAGGAGCGUUUGCGGGUGGCUCUGGACACCUUUCAGGUCGCGGGACCGCAUGGCUCUCAUCGGUGCAUGGUCUUCGCUCCCCUCGGUCUCACGUACACGACCUUCCGGAAUCUUUUCCCCAACAACGCUCUGAACAAGGACAUCUUGCAGCAAAGCCUGCUCAUGGUUCUGUUGGGCCUGGACUUCCUGCACCAGGUGGGCAUUGUCCACACCGACUUAUCGCCCAACAACGUUCUCCUCGGCGUGGAGGACGUCAGUGUAUUUUCCAAGAUCGAACUGGCGGAGCUGCAGAGCCCGUCACCGCGCAAGGUCCUUGAUGAUCGAGUGAUCCAUCUUUCAUACACAAUGCCCAUUACCCCCGGCGCCCCGGUCAUUACGGAUUUCGGGGCCGCGCGCCUGGGGGAUCCGGGCCAGAAGCACUCGGGCGACGUUAUGCCCGGGGUUUAUCGAGCCCCCGAGGUCGUGCUCGGCAUGGAAUGGGACUCCAAAAUCGACAUUUGGUCAGUCGGGGUCAUGAUCUGGGAUCUCUACGAAGGGGGCCGUCUCUUCCGCGCCGUAAGGGAUGGGCAUCUGCACGACGAACAGCAUCUCGCGGAGAUGGUCUCUCUCAUGGGCCAACCACCGAAGAAGUUCUUGGAACGAAGCACAAAGUCUCGUCAGUUCUGGGACCAAGAAGGCAACUGGAUCGGGUCAACACCGAUUCCCGACCAGACCCUCGAGGGGCGCGAGAGGCAACUAAAAGGUAGAGACCAGCAGCUGCUACUCGCUCUGGUGAGGAAGAUACUGCGGUGGGAUCCAGAUGAGAGGCCAUCCGCGGAGGAGCUAUUCGAAGACGAGUUCCUGAUCCAGUAUAGAGGAGGUGAAGACGGGUCUGGUCCAUGA